AUGAAGUUGUAUAUUGCCUACGAUACCUGUUCGCGAGCUGCUCAGCUCGUUGCCAACGAGCUUGGAAUUGAACAUGAGCUGGUUCACUUUGACGUCUUUGGCAAGAGUACAUCAAACGGGGAAGACUUUGCUCAUAUCAACCCUCUACUUUACGUACCUGUUCUGCAACUUGACAACGAAGAUCGCGACAUAUUAUCUGAAACAAUCAUCGUCUGUUCAUAUUUUGCCGAUCAGCGCCCAAAAUCCGGCAUGCUCCCGCCACCCGGUACUCUGCAGCGCGCAAAAGCCGACCAGUUCCUUGUUCAACUCGCAACUGAGAUCGCGCAGAAGCACAUACCGCUCAUGCGCAAACUGAUGACCAAGCAAGGCGUCCGGUUCAACUCGGACAAGCUCCUAAGAGCAUACCAACUCUUGGAAGACCAACUCGCAGACGGUCGCUCUUAUUUAUUUGGCGAAAAUCUCACCGUGGCUGAUGCAUAUGUAUGGGGCACUCUCUGGAACAGUCGCUCUGGCGUGGACAUUAGCCAUCUCAAAAAACUGGCUGCGUGGAAACUGCGUAUUGACGCUCGUCCCGCUGCUAUUCAGACGCUCAGGGAAGAAGCCGAGAUUUUGGCGAUUCAUAAGGCUCAAAUUGAGGCCCGCCGCGCUUAA